UUGAGUGCGGACUAGGGAGGCAAUUUAUGAUAUGUAGUGCGUGAGAACAAUGUGAUGGCGCAGGUCGGGGCCCGGGGGUCGGACUCAUAGGGUCGAUCGGAUACCCUGGGUCCUACUAGGGAUCGAUAUGGAGUCUUCGGUCAGGAAUGCCAACGGUCAUCGGUUUGCAAAUAGCUCAAUAAUGCUAUACUACAUAACAUUGGCAGAAUGGACCAGUACAUUCCCCCACUCUUAUUUUGUCCUGAUCUUCAAAGCUAUUAUGUCUGAGGAGUCCGCAAGCAAAUCAAAGGACACCGCAUUUGUUCCUGAAGCCUUACCUUGGAAAUCGAGAGCAGCUGUUCCAGCCGACCAGGAAGCCCUGCAGCAUGAAGAAGUUUCUGAGAAGCCUGUAACGCACAUUGCUGGAACACCAGAUGGAGGAUUGACCGCGUGGCUGGUCAUUGUUGCUGUCAACUUGACUUUAUUCUCUACGUUCGGUAUAGCUAAUACAUGGGGGGUCUUUCAAGCGUAUUACGAGGAAAAUCUACUACGUCAGACUUCUCCUUCAAACAUAGCAUGGAUCGGUUCUGCGCAGUACGCGCUCAUAUACUUACCAGCACUUGCGACAGGACGAAUGUUUGACCAAGGAUACUUCAGAAUACCCUUCUUGGCCGCUAGCUGUGUUAUCGUCACAUCCGUCUUCCUAACUGCGGAAUGCACUCAAUUUUGGCAGUUCUUUCUUGUACAAGGUUUCAGUCUGGGAGUCUGCUGCGGUAUCAUAGUUGGACCGGCACUUGUUGUCAUCUCGCAUUGGUUCGACAGGAAACGUGGUCUCGCUAUGUCAUUCGCCGCCAUUGGCGCUUCGUCUGGCAGUACUGUGUUUCCUGCAGCAGCACAGAAAUUAAUUCCAUCAAUUGGAUUUCAAUGGACAAUGCGUGUAUUUGGAUUCAUUCUACUUGCUACACUUGGGAUGGCCAAUAUAUUACUGAAACGACGUCUUCCACCCGUCAAUGUUAGUGGGGGACUCUUUAAUAUUAAAGCAUUUCGCAACACAGCAUAUACCAUUUAUUGCAUUUCAGGAAUGCUGGGAUUUUUAGGACUCUACACAGAGCUAACAUAUAUCUCUGUGAGUGCCAUAGCAAUUGGCGUCUCCAAAAACUUUGCAUUCUAUAUAAUCGCGAUUGCCAAUGGAGCAUCUACAUUUGGACGUCUGUCAUCUGGACUAAUGGCAGAUAAAAUUGGCGUACUCAAUACUAUGGCGGUUUUUACCGCGAUGGCAGGCAUCACGACAUUUGCUUGGCCAUUUGCUACAAAUGAAUCCCAGGUUAUUGCAAUAGCCGCCAUCUACGGAUUCUCCUCGGGAGGAUUCCUAGCUCUCUUCGCUUUAGCUGCCGUGGCAUUGGGAGAUAUAGAGGAUGCGGGCCGCCGAGUGGGGAUGUUCAUGUCCCUUGCUGCUUUUGGAGCCAUUGCAGGUCCUCCGAUAUCAGGGGCCAUCAGUACCGCAUCAGGGGGGUUUGUUGACGCGGGUUUCUAUGCAGGUGGCAACAUCAUGUGUUCUGCUGGAUUGCUACUUCUGGCACGAUGUCUCCAUCUCAAGCGCCUAUGGGGUAAGUAUUGAAUUAUUCAUUCGGUGAAUGGCACAACACUCGGCUCCGAGGCCCACCGAACCAAGGGAAAGCAAACGAAGAAGAGAUGAGACGCGUAAUAUAUCAUAGAUGAUACAAAGACUAUGGCUUCCUAAAUAUCAUAAGGACUGAUAUCGAUAUAUUUGGAUUAGGUCAACUCAAGAAGACAA